GGGGUCCGCCAAGUGAUAGACUCGCCCAUCAUCCAAACUCAGCUUGCGGCUUACUUCCCGCAAACUUUCAAGUCCUCGAAGUCCGCGAAGGCGGUGGCGGCCAUCUGCCACGGCGUGCUCGGGUUGUCUGAAGCGAAGGGACCAGACGGGAAAAGCGUGUUGUAUGAUGUUACGACUACGGCGUUGCCGGGGAAGAUGGAGCAGGGGAUCUUUUGGGCGACUAGGGCGGUGUUGGGAGAUUAUUACAAGACGUAUGAGGCUGGGAGCGAGAGCGUAGAAGCGGCAGUGAGAGGAAGGAUGCGAGAGCCAGAGAGUCAGUAUAAGAGUAGUCUUACAGGGAGUCCAUUUGUUGUUGCGGAUGAGAAGUAUAAUUAUUUGAGCGGAAGAUUCCCGCCGGAUGCACAACUGCUAACUGAGAAAGCAAUUAAAUUGGUCAGAGAUAUCGUGAAAUGAUGAAUGUUCUGGUUUCCUUGAUGAUCAUAAUAAUAUCUCUCUCGUCCUACUGUACAUAUCUUAUCUUGUAUUCCACAAUAUCCCUAGCAUCAAAUCCUAUCCCUUCUUUUCAGUCCCGACCUUCUUAGCUGAGCUUGGAUUG